CCGACUUGAAUCCCAUAGAACAGGGGUCCCCAACCUUUUUUGCACCACGGACAGGUGUUAUUUGGGUCUUUUUUUCACGGACCGGUGUUCUGACAAAUUUUGCAACCCAUCAAAAAUUGCAACAAUGUGGUUCUGCGCAUGCGCGUAACGUUAAUUAAACAUGGCCACAAAUGCAGUGAUUCCAAAGUGUACACUACAAACUGUCUUUAAAAAAAGGAAUAUUAACUUACGUUUGAUGAUGUACAUGAUCAUGUAGAAACAUGUAGAUCAUGUAGAAUGUUGAACAUGUAGAAAAGUUCUCCACAGAUACAUCCUGCCAUGUUAGCUGCACACAAUAACUGCACAAAGCUCUUUCACCAUUAACGACUUCUGUCAUUAAGCAUUAAUUCAGAAGCCCGCUUCACAUAGAUACGAUGUUGGAAAUUGUAGAGAUUGUAAAAUUGUAAAGAGUUUCAAUGCUCUCGUAGAGAUGUCAGGAUAUUCUAGAAUGACCUUAAAUUCAGAACCACGGUAGAGUUAUUGUUGUCUCAAAUGUACGUUUAAGGUCGCCGUCAUUUGUGAUCUCUACAAGCUGAUCCUCCUGUUGCACAGACAUGCUUGAAUCCCUCGGUUUAUUGACAAACGGGUCACGAAUCCUCUACUUCCCAGUUUGUGAGUCUUCGAGGUUGUAGGAUCAUCUUCUGGCUCUUCAGGUGCCCUUUUCGCCGUGAAAAAUAUCUCCAAAGAUGUCCGUUUUCCAGUCAUCUUCGCUCGUGUGGGGACUAAUUAUUUCCGGGAACAAAUGUGCUGCGCCCGCGGCCUAAUAAUACGUUAUUAUCGAAGACAAGCGCCCAUAGCUGUAUUAUAUACACAAAACAAGACGUACUGUUAGAUAUCUGGAGUAGACAGGGAUAUUGGUGUGUUAAACAGGGGCACAGGGUUAAUUCGGCCGGAAUGCGGUCGUUAAUAAAUUACUGUUUCUGUGCGGCCCGGUAGCAAAUGUGCCACGGACCGGUCCGCGGCCCGGCAGAUGGGGACCCCUGCCAUAGAACACCUGUGGAGAGAUCUGAAAAUGUCAGUUUGGAAGAGGCACCCUUCAAAUCUCAGAGUCCUGGAGCAGUUGGUCAAAGAAGAAUGGUCUAAAAUUCCAGCAGAGCAUUCGAACACAAUUUUAGGUCGAAAGAAUUUGCCCCUUGAAGGCCAGAAAUGGGCUUCGGGGAGGACUUGCAGUGCCCUGGGGCUCACAUGGCGGUCCUCAGGCUGUUGGACUCUGAGAUUCACAUGAUGGAAGUCAUGAAAAAGUGGAUGGGCCAGAGGGCAAAAAGUGAGAGGGAGUUUGCCGUGCAGUUGCACCACAUGGCCGCCAUGGUGGACAAGCAGCCCGGAGUUGGAACGGACCACAUCAGCCAGCUAAACAAGUCUUGGGGGACUCUGGUGUCUCAGACUGACCUUCUGAGCCAGUUGAUGAGGAGGCGCUCUGAAGAGCUGCUGAACGGACCCGUCAGCAAACUCACACUGCUCAUCCGAGAUAAACAGCAACUCCGCAAAACCUACGCGGAACACUGGAGCUUCCUGAGGCAAGAGCUCAGCAAGGUAACCCAGACAGAGCUGGAGAGGCUGAAAAGCAGCUACCGGCAGGCGGCGAGAGACGCUGCCCAGGCAAAGAGGAAGUUCCAGGAAGCCAGUAAAGAUAAAGAGCGUGACAGGGCGAAAGAGCGUUAUGUCAAGGCCACAAUGAAACUCCACGAGGCGCACAAUGAGUAUGUGCUGAGUGUUCGUGCCACUCAAGUCUACCAGCAACAACACCAGGCUCACAUGCAGCCUGCCAUGUUAAAUGCACUGCAGGCUUUGCAGCAGGAGAUGGUGCUCAUCUUAAAGGAGAUCCUUCAGGAAUAUUUUGACAUUUCCUCCAUGCUUCAUCAAGAAGUGGUGCACAUCCACCGGGAAAUGUCCACUGCUAUUACAUUCAUCGAUCCUCUCACAGAGUACGACGGCUUCAUUCAACACAACAGGUCUGCGGGGGAGACUCCUGCUUGUGCAGAAUUCGAUUGCAGUCUUUUGGAGAACACAGAGAACUUAGAUCCUCAAGAAGUCCAGUUGAAUGACUUAACUCUGGAGACUGUUGAGCACAAGCUGACUACAAUUGAGGAGGAUCUGCUGGCCUUGACCCGCUCUCUCAUCCCACAGCAGGUUUCAGUAGAACAGCUGGAGCUGGAGUUGGAGGCGGAGGAUGGAGAGGUCAGGAAAGGGCAAAGAGUCUACCAUCUGAGCAAAAGACUUGCUCUGGAGGAGUGUCGGCAGCAGGUGACGCUGUCCCAAGGCAGGAGGCUCAAGCUGGAGGUCCAGAGGUUGAUUCUAAAGACAAAGUUGGAUCAGCUGGGCUCCCGAGAACCUCCUCCUGCUCUGCAGCUGGACAAAGACACGCAAUCACUUUUGUCCAAAAGCGAUUACAACCCGUCAUCACUCAAGCUACUCGGGAAUGAGAUCAUGAAAAGUUUGUUUCAAGCCAAAAGUGAUGAGGAGGAUCGUCCUCUUGAGCAGCAGGAAUGGUACCACGGUGCCGUUCCCAGGUUGGAGGUUCAGCAGCUUCUCCAGUGUGAUGGUGAUUUUCUGGUGAGAACGAGUCAGGAAAAACAGGGUUAUGUGCUUUCUGUCCACUGGGAUGGCUCCUGCAAGCAUUUCCUCAUUCAGAAUAUUAACAAUGAGUACCGCCUGGAUGGGGAGAGCUUCCGCAGCAUCCCGCAGCUGAUCCAUCAUUUGCUGUCCUCCCGACAGCACGUCACUCGCAAGUGUCAUAUACAGCUGAGGAAACCUGUGCUCAAGGACAAAUGGGUCCUGGAACAUGAUGGUAUUAUAUUAGGAGACAUCAUCGGGCGGGGUAACUUUGGGGAGGUGUACAGUGGGACUCUGCGCUUCAAUAACACUCCUGUGGCAGUGAAGGCUUGUAAGGAGAAUCUGGCACCAGAACACAGGAACAAAUUUCUGAUGGAGGCCAGGAUCCUGAAGCAGUAUGAUCAUCCCAACAUUGUAAAGCUAAUCGGUGUGUGCACACAGAAACAGCCCAUCUACAUCAUAAUGGAGCUGGUUAAAGGUGGAGAUUUGCUGUCCUUUUUGCGUCAGGAUGGUCCAAAUCAGACUCCUAAGAUGCUGGUCAGGAUGGCAGAAAAUGUUGCAGCCGGUAUGGAGUACCUGGAGAGAAGGAAGUGCAUUCACAGAGAUCUGGCAGCCAGAAACUGUCUGGUGGCAGAUCAGCGCGUUGUAAAGAUCAGUGAUUUUGGGAUGUCGCGACAGCAGGAUGAUGGCGUCUAUUCAGCGGAGGGCAGCCUCAGACAGAUUCCCAUCAAAUGGACGGCUCCCGAAGCGCUCAACUACGGGCGUUAUACCACGGAGAGUGACGUUUGGAGCUUCGGUGUGCUGCUGUGGGAGGUCUUCUCCAUGGGAAUGGUGCCUUACAGCAGCAUGAACAACCAACAAGCCAGAGAGGAGGUGGAGAAUGGCUAUCGUAUGCCAGCUCCACGGGAUUGCCCGCUUGAAGUGUCCACGCUUAUGAGCAGCUGCUGGCAGCAUAACCCCCGAAAUAGGCCAUCUUUUCACAAGCUGAGGGUGGAUCUAGAUGACAUCUGGAAAAAUAAGACAUAAUACAAAGCCCAUGUUUUCCUGUGUUUCUGAAUAAAUAAAGAAA